GCUGCUACUACUCAGUUGCAAAAAGCCAAGGACCUUUACCACACUCGGUACACAGAGUACGAACGAAUUCGCCUUAACGAAACCCACUCUGCCAAGGAGAAGGAGAAGGCUGAGGGGAAACUGAAGAAGGCCCAGGACGACUACAAGUAUUCAGUUGAAAAGUACAACAACCUGAGAACACAGUUCGUGGAAAAGAUGCGAGUUUCGUGCGCGCAUUUUCAGGUGAGCAAGGUUGCCUGCUUCGUUAAAAUAUGCCCAUCUUGUGCCCUUAAAUUUGCCAUCUCACAAAGGGGAUCACUACGGCGGUCAACGACUUGGUCAGUUUAG